AUUUAUAUGUAACACUUGUUUUGUGAGGCAUAUGUAGACAAACACAGGAUUGUAUACACUUUCGUACCACGUCUUUUGCCAGAAUGUCGAAGUCUGAAACAAAAACAAAGUUGGCCUUUGCCAUUUGCCAGUUCUUGAAGGCGGAAAUGGCCGCUAACCCUCAUACAGAGGAAUCUCUCGAAGUUGCCGUACAGUGUCUGGAGUCAGCAUAUGAUUUUGAGUGCGACGAUGUAGAGGCAGAGGCAAAGUACGAUGUGUCGCCACUGACGCUAGAAGGCAUCUUCGAGAAGGCUGUACCAUCAGAGGGGCCAAUCGUUGAAGAAUUCGAAGAGGUCAGCGCCGCCCAGAAGGCUAAAGCCGAAAGUCUAAAGGACGAAGGUAACCAGUGCCUCAAGGACUUUGCGUACGAGAAAGCUGUUCAAAAAUACACAGAAGCCAUUCAGAUCGAUCCAAAUAACGCUGUAUACUACUGUAAUAGAGCUGCGGCGCAUAUGAAGCUUAACGACCUCGAUGCAGCGGCUGCUGACUGCUUAUUGGGUAUUGAGAAAAAUCCUGAAUACAGCAAGGCAUACGGACGAUUGGGUGCAUGUUAUUAUCAGCAGCAGAAAUAUUCCAAGUCCAUCGAGGCGUAUCAGAAGGGUCUUGAGGUGGCACCCGGCAACAAGGUCUAUUUGGAUGGUCUGAAACAGGCUGAGAACAAGGCCUCUGAUCAAGCAUCACGUGCCGCCGUCAACACAAGGUCGAGCAACCCUCAGCCACCCGCCGGUAUGCCCGGUAUGCCUGGUAUGCCUGGAGGAGGUGGUAUGCCAGACCUUGCCGGUCUAAUGAACAACCCUGCGCUGAUGCAAAUGGCCCAGCAAGUGAUGGCCAACGGUGGCAUGGACGAGCUACUACAGAAUCCCGCCAUGCGAGACAUGGCAGCGAAGUUUGCGGAAGGCGCAAUGAGGCCACCUCAAUAAUCACACCGGGUACGUGAUCGCUACAGAACGAACAACAGUAGAUUGAGGAUGAUGGCAAUCUUAUGCAUUAGACAAGAGUAUAGAUGCAUCACCAAACGCCGACAGUCUUAUCGGGACCCAGUGCAGGAUUGCUGGUCUCGAAGCCAUCAAACAUGACAGCGCUACGACUAAAAACUAAUCAAAAAUUGAAUGCUACA